CACCGCGCGUGCCCCGCCCCUCUCCCGAGAGCUACGCGUCGGCGGCGGAGCGCAGGCCUAGAGCCGUUACGGCCAUCACGGCAGCCGCGGUGGCGUCCUGGAGCCCUCCUCAGGUGAGCUGGAGCUGCCCGGCUCGGCAGCAGGAAGUGCUGAAGCUGCUGAAAGAUGGCAGAAGAAGUGGUGGUAGUAGCCAAAUUUGAUUAUGUGGCCCAACAAGAACAAGAGUUGGAUAUCAAGAAAAAUGAGAGAUUAUGGCUUCUGGAUGAUUCUAAGUCCUGGUGGCGAGUUCGAAAUUCCAUGAAUAAAACAGGUUUUGUGCCUUCUAACUAUGUGGAAAGGAAAAACAGUGCUCGGAAAGCAUCUAUUGUAAAAAACCUAAAGGAUACCUUAGGCAUUGGAAAAGUGAAAAGAAAACCUAGUGUGCCAGAUUCUGCAUCUCCUGCUGAUGAUAGUUUUGUUGACCCAGGGGAACGUCUCUAUGACCUCAACAUGCCCGCUUAUGUGAAAUUUAACUACAUGGCUGAGAGAGAGGAUGAAUUGUCAUUGAUAAAGGGGACAAAGGUGAUCGUCAUGGAAAAAUGCAGUGAUGGGUGGUGGCGUGGUAGCUACAAUGGACAAGUUGGUUGGUUCCCUUCAAACUAUGUAACUGAAGAAGGUGACAGUCCUUUGGGUGACCAUGUGGGUUCUCUGUCAGAGAAAUUAGCAGCAGUCGUCAAUAACCUAAAUACCGGGCAAGUGUUGCAUGUGGUACAGGCUCUUUACCCAUUCAGCUCAUCUAACGAUGAAGAACUUAAUUUCGAGAAAGGAGAUGUAAUGGAUGUUAUUGAAAAACCUGAAAAUGACCCAGAAUGGUGGAAAUGCAGGAAGAUCAAUGGUAUGGUUGGUCUAGUACCAAAGAACUAUGUUACCGUUAUGCAGAAUAAUCCAUUAACCUCAGGUUUGGAACCAUCACCUCCACAGUGUGAUUACAUUAGGCCUUCACUCACGGGAAAGUUUGCUGGCAAUCCUUGGUAUUAUGGCAAAGUCACCAGGCAUCAAGCAGAAAUGGCAUUAAACGAAAGAGGACACGAAGGGGAUUUCCUCAUUCGAGAUAGUGAAUCUUCGCCAAAUGAUUUCUCAGUAUCACUAAAAGCACAAGGGAAAAACAAGCAUUUUAAAGUCCAACUAAAAGAGACUGUCUACUGCAUUGGGCAGCGUAAAUUCAGCACCAUGGAAGAACUUGUAGAACAUUACAAAAAGGCACCAAUUUUUACAAGUGAACAAGGAGAAAAAUUAUAUCUUGUCAAGCAUUUAUCAUGAUACUGCUGACCAGAAGUGACUGCUGCGUAGCUGUAAUUUGUCAUGUAAUUGAAGACUGAGAAAAUGUUGGGUCCAUCGUGCUUGAUUGGAAAUUGCUGUUUCUAAAUCUUUAUGAGAAUUGACAAUAAGUAUUUUUAUUAUAAUUCAGCCCAUACAUAUGUACUAUGUAUGCAGUGCAUCUGCAUAGAACAGUUCCUUAUCCUUGGCCUUCUGUUUUAUUGUUUUUUUCUUUGCUGUUUUCCCUUUGCUUCUAAUAUUACAGUUUUGUAUUUUGAAAAAAAAAAUCAAAUAAUGCUUAUCAGAAUCUUUAUAUGGAAGAAAUCCUUUAUUGCCUGUCCUUUGUUUCCUUGUAAAGGCACCCUGUUCUAUUAUGGUUUUUCAUUAUAUAAAAUUAUUAUAUCUAUAUGUGACAUACGCUAAAAUAAAUUUCUUGGAGUGUGUUAAUCUUUUCUGUGACUAAAUAGCAAUAAUAAAUGGAAAAUUAGAAAUUAUUUCCAGGUAUUGUAUUUGUCACAGGCCAUUGUAAAUACCAAGUAUAUUGUGUCUGCCUUAAUUUUAAAAAAUGCAUUCAUUGUCUUCAGUCGUACAGAAAGACACAUGAGACAUAGAUUAGAAAACAUGUUGUACAAUUUUAAUUUACAACUGUUGGAAACAAAAAUCACUUUCUUAAUUUUUUUUCCAGUGCUUCUCCCUCAUUGGUUAUUCAAGAAAACAAAAUUGUCUCUGAGAUAUUUAGCUUUUCAAACUGUAAAUAGAUGCUCUAGUGUUAUUUAUUUUUUUUAAUCCCACUUAUUUUACCAGGGCAUCUUGUAUUAGGAUAUGUUAUAUCUAUGCCAGUGGGAAAUAAGUUAUGGCCAACUUUUGCAAAAAUAGGAAGCAGUGAGAUACUUGUUUUUUUCUCCUCACUAAAUAUCAGUAAUUAUCAGGAAUGGUAUUACCUAUUAUCAUUUCCUCUUUUCAGCUUUAAGUUUUGUUGAUUGGGAUGCUAAAACUGAUGUAUACCUGAGGAAAAAAUAGAAUGUGCUCAUGGUUAGGGAAAAUUAUAUUAUUUUUAAUUUUUUCAUUUUUUUUUUUAACCAAGUAGGAAUUUGGGUGUAUGGAUGAGAGGUUAAUCUGCUUCUGUAGGCUAUAGAAGAAAACCAGUUGUAUUUUAUGGUCAUAAUUUGUCCCCCUAUUAUUCUGGAGAUUUAAAUUUAAGUAAAGUAGCCGUCAAUAUUUUAAUUGAAAAAUCCUAAAGCCACAUAACUGAGUAGGAUGUCAUAUGAUACUUUCAUCAAAUUCCCUAAUGCUGCCUAAGCAUAUGGAUGUUUUAAUUCUUUGCUAUAUUAUAAACAUAUCUAAUACACCAGAAUUAUUGAUGGUAAAAUGGAAGUUGUGUAACUUGUGAAUUUUUUUUAUCAAUGUUUUAAAUAUUUUAUUAUUUAAAUCUUAAAAUCAUUUAAAGACUUAUGUUGCCACUGGGUGGCAGCCAUGGCUUCUCCCACUAAGCAACAGAAGUGACCAAAUAUAAUAAGACAAAUUUUCAUCUCUAUUACAUCUGCUUUUAAAACAUUUUAGUUCAUAUUCUGUUAUUUUUCUAACUCAGUACUCCUUUGUUAAGGGUAAUUAUUAGUAGUUAAGUUUUUAAUGGAAGUAAAACUCAUGUAUGCUUAUCUUCUUUGCUGUAAAAUCACAUGAAUAUAAAUUGAGGAAAACUGUUUAAAUGGUUGUAGGAUGACUAGUAGUAAACAUCAUCUUAAUUUUUAACAUA